CCAGUUACUGAGAUAGAUGGGCAUUUAAGAGGCAGUCUUAGCAAUGGAAAUGGUGAUGCAACUGAAGCCACUUCCAUUUCCAGUAAUUCCCGAACCACAAGACUGCAUAUGUGGUUCCAAAACAAGAUGCUGACAAUCCUGCAGGAUUUUUCAGAUGAUACUGAUCUUGAGGAUACACCUCCCCAGGUUGAAGAGGAAUUAUCUGUCCGGAAAUUGAAAGAGAAUGUGAGAAGAUUCAAAUCUGGAUCAGAGCCUAUAAUGUUGUAUUUUAAAGUCUUAUCAGCUCUGUUGUCAUGGCGAUCACCUGCAUCAACAUUCCUUGCAUUUUUGCUGUAUAUGUUUGCAAUUUAUAGUGGCUGGUUUCUCCCUGUCUUUUUUGGUUUAAUUCUUUGGCAUUUCUCAAAAACAUAUUUAAUAUCAAGGGGUUGGAAUAUAGAAUUUUCACUUUUGCCGUACCAUACUAUUGAAAAAAGUUCUGAAGAGGAUAAAACAUUGGGUAUGUCAGACAAGUUCCAACUAGUUCUACAGGUUGCCAAGAAGGCCCAGAAUUUUCUUGGAGAGGCAGCUGAUAGUCUAGAGAAGUUACAAAACCUGUUUGCAUGGACUGAUGUUGAGAUUACAAGGUCACUUUACAAAAAUGUACUCACAGUGUUUAUUUUGUCCCUAUUCCUGCCAGCAUCAACUCUUCUCACUUAUGCAGGGUUUUUCAUUGGAUUCAAAAUGUUCAUCAUCAAACAUCUGUUCCAACGAUAUCCCCGCCUCAAACAGAAAUAUGACACAGUUCAGAACAUGUGGAAGAAAUUACCAACAAAUGAAGAAAAAAUUCAACGCCAAAUUGUUGCUCAGAGAAAACAGGUAAAUCUAUCCACAAGACUAAUAACGCUUUUUGCUAAUUAAUUUUCACAUUUUCAC